AUGGACGAUUCAGAGCUCGAGCAGAUCCGAAAAGCUCGUCUCGAGCAGCUCAAGUCGCAGGGAGGCGGCGGCCGCGGCGCCGGCGGGCCGUCCUCCAACGGGCAGGACCAGGAGCAACAGAAGCAGCAGCAGCAGGAGGAGGCGCGGCAGCACAUCCUCAACCAGAUCCUGCACCCCGAGGCGGCGGACCGGCUGGGCCGCAUCCGGCUCGUCAAGGAGCAGCGCGCGACCGACGUCGAGAACCGGCUCAUCACGCUCGCGCAGACGGGCCAGCUGCGGCAGAAGGUGACGGAGGCGCAGCUCAAGGAGCUGCUCAACGCCGUGGCGGACAACAAGGAGGAGGAGCGGAUCGUGGUGAGCCGGCGCAAGGCCUGGGACGACGACGACGACGACUUGCUGGACCUGUAG